UUGACUUUCUUCUAAUGCCACUUGCUCCAAUUGGCCUCUGACUUUCUCUCUUAUUCAACCUGUAUAUAUAAUCUCUCGCGGUACUUCUCCCAAUCAUCACUUAAAGCUUAUAUAAUUUCGUCAACUUUAUUCCCACAAAUAGCUUACUUUAAAGCUUUGUAAGCACUUCUAAACGUUAUCAAAUAUGCAAUCAAAUAGCCUAAACAAUAAAGAAGAGAGUGGUCCAAGCAUGGCUGAAAAGAAGUACAAGGGAAUUCGCAGAAGAAAAUGGGGAAAAUGGGUUUCAGAAAUCAGAGUUCCGGGUUCGCAAGAGCGGCUCUGGUUAGGCUCCUACGCUACGCCAGAAGCUGCUGCGGUUGCCCACGACGUUGCUUUCUAUUGUUUACGCAGACCACCGUCUUUGGAUGGGCUUAACUUCCCUCAACUGUUGCCUAGGAGUUGUGUGGAUGCAGAUUUGUCGCCCAAAUCUAUACAGAAAAUUGCUUCGGACGCUGGAUUGGGAAUCGAUGCGCAGAUAAUCACGAGCAAGUCGUCGAAAGAGGUGAUGGAGGUUAAUGAAAGUAGUGGAAUUCAGGGCUUUGGGACACAGUUUUUGGGCAGCGAGAGUAGUGAUUCUGGGACAUGGGAGGAGAAGGAGCUCAGCAUUUCGGUUGAAGAUUAUGAUUAUGAUUAGCGAUACUACUUCCUUUGAUCUCACUUCUUUUUCCUUGUUCGCCAAAGUUUUAGCUUUUAAUAAAAUAACCUACAUUCUCAUCA